CCGGGUCGGGAGUGAGGAGCACCGUCUCUCCCCCAGGCCACGCCAGCAAGACGCUGCCCUCGUCGCCCAGCAAGGCCUGGGGGGGACCGAGCCGCGCCAAGAUGUCCCUGACGGGCACCAGCAAGUCGCCCCCCUCAGUGCAGAGCCUGGCCAUGCGGCUGCUCAGCCUGCCUGGCGCCCGCCUGCCCCCAGAGGGGGGGCCCUUGGGGGAGCCCUCACCCCCCGCCCCCCCAGACCCCAAGCCCAAGGUCCACCGGGCCCGCAAGACCAUGGCCAAGCCCAGCAACGGACAGGUCCCCGAAAAGCGAGUCUCUGAGAUGCUGCAUUUCCGAGUCUCUGACGACCUGCGAAGCAUCGAGGAGCCAGAGCCGGCCAAGCGGCAGAAGCUGGACUACAGGACGGAUUUGAUUCACAAGCGGCUCCCGUCCUCCCUGCACAGAUCCAGCCCCCGGGCCAGCACCGAGAUCACGGUGACAGAGGAAAUGGCGGCUCCGCCCAGCGAGUCCCGCCCCCUGGGGGACCCCUCGGGGGCCCGGGGUGUGGGGGGGUCCCUGGAGGAGUGGGAGACUGAGGUGGGCGAGGACUUCAGCCUUUUCUACGACAGCUACUCCGUGGACGAGCAUGGUGACUCGGACAGCAAGUCGGAGGCCGACAGGGCAGGGGAACAAAUGAGUGAGGAAGAGGAAGAGGAGGAGGAGGAGGAGGAGGAAGAAGAGGAUGAAGAUGACGAAGAAUCUGGGACCAUGUCAGACAGGAGCGCCUCCAGCACCAAGCGCAAAGCCAAGAAGCGCUGGAAAAACGACAGUCCCUGGGUCAAACCAUCCCGCAAACGCAAGAGGAAGGAGGCUCGGCCCAAGGACGGGCGAGGUGUCAACGGGGUCCCUGCGGCUGGGCACAGCGAGUACACAGAGGUGCCACUGGGGUGUCUGGAGCUGCCCGGCGAGGGGGCGCUGUCCCCCAACAAUGCAGGCGUGUCCAAUGAGACGAGCUCGCUGGAGACCGAGCGCUUCGAGGAGCUGCCCCUCUGCUCCUGCCGCAUGGAGGCCCCCAAGAUUGAGCGGCUCAGUGAGGCCGCGCGCAGCCACUGCAUGGCCACCGAGAGCGCUGAUGGGGAGCUGAGCGGCUGCGGCUCCAGCGUGCUGAAGCGGGAGACCAUGCGCCCGUCCAGCCGGGUGCCCCUCAUGGUUCUGUGCGAGUCCCAUCGUGCCCGGAUGGUGAAACACCACUGCUGUCCCGGCUGCGGGCACUUCUGCACAGCCGGCACCUUUCUGGAGUGCCACCCCGACCUGCGGGUGACCCACCGCUUCCACAAGGGCUGCGUGUCCCAGCUCAACGGGCUGAUCUUCUGCCCGCACUGCGGGGAGGACGCCUCGGAGGCCCAGGAAAUCACCAUCGCCCGGGCCGACACCUCCACCCCUGCCCCCCCGCCCCCUGGCCAGGAGCCCCCCGAGGCCCCCGGCCGCGCUGACACCACCCAGCCCAGUGCCCGGAUGCGGGGGAAGGGCGAGGGACGCCUGGUGCCCCAGGACUCACUGGCUGACGGGAUCGACAGCUCCGGGGGGCCCGUGCUGACCCUGCCGUCGGGCGCCGCCAUCUCGCCGCUGGGGCUGGGCCCGGGGCCGGGUCGCGAGCAGCUCGAGAAGGCCUUGAUCGUGCAGGAGGCUGAGAGGCGGAAGAAGCUGCGUUCCAGCCCGCCAGCCUCUAUCCUCUCCGUCAAGCAGGGCGAGCUGCAGAAGUGCGUGCUGAUGCUCGACUGGGCGGCCCAGAGCGGGAAACGUGGGGGGGCGCGGGAGAUCGGGGUGGGAUUGAUCGAAACCUGGACCUCUUACUUCCAGCAGUACGAACAUCCCGGAGAGACAACGCCACCCAACUGCAUGCUGACGCUGUCCACGUGGCACAAGACGCGGCGGACGCCACUACAUGGAGCCUGUCCGUGUGAUGCAGAAACCAGGUGGAGGAUCCCGGCGCGAGUAACUUGCCGCCGGGGCGGCUGGCGUCUACAGCAGGGAGGAGGUGGUUCAACCUGCUCCAUCCGCAGCCAAGUGCGGGAACCUGCCAUGGUCUCUCUCUGCUGGCCACGGGGCAGUGUGGACGUCAACGCCCAGGAUAACGGCGGCUGGACCCCCAUCAUCAUUGGGCCGCAGAGCUACAAUGCACAUCGUAUGACCGUGCGAUUGCGUGACCCGCCCGGCGCGACGUUACACCUGACAGACAACGAAGAACAUCUGCCGCACUGGGCCUCCUUCACGGGCAGCGCGGAGAUCGCCGAGGUCCUGCUGAACGCAACAGUGCGACCUGCACGCAGUAACUGCCACGGGGACACGCCACUGCACAUCGUGCCCGCGAGAGCUACCAUGACCUGCGUCAUGCUGUUUCUGUCGCGAGGGGCUGACCCCGAGGUGCGGAACAAGGAGGGCGACUGCCCCGUGGACCUGACGCUGGAGAACUCUGAGGUCUGGUUCGCCCUGCAGCUGAACCGCAAGAUCCGGCAGGGCAUCCUCAACCGGGCACUGCGGACCGAGCGCAUCAUCAGCAGGGAUGUGGCCCGCGGCUACGAGAAUGUGCCCAUCCCCUGCGUCAACUCGGUGGAUGAUGAGCCCUGUCCUGACGACUAUAAAUACAUCUCGGAGAACUGUGAGACCUCCACCAUGAACAUCGACCGCAACAUCACGCACCUGCAGCAAUGGUAUCUGCCAGGGACGAUUGUCCUUCAGCAAUGCUGUGUGGCCAUACUCAGCAUCCGCUGCUGGAACGAGUUCGUCCAGAGCGGAUCAAGUGAUCGCCAGGGAGUGGGCAUCACCCCCAUUCCUGAGGUCCAGAUGGCGAGUAGUACUGCACUCGACGCCGUUAUAGCAACGUGGCACGGUUCAUCAACCUCACCUUGUGCGACCGCCCACAUCAUCCAGUGCGUUGUGUUCAUGCUGCCAGACCUGCUUUACCCCGCAUUGCCUUUUCAGCAGCCGCGCGACAUCCGCGCUGGCGAGGAGCUGGGGUUCGACUACGGCGACCGGUUCUGGGACAUCAAGAGCAAAUACUUCACGUGCCAGUGCGGGGCGGAGAAGUGCAAACACUCGGCCGAGGCCAUCGCGCUGGAGCAGAGCCGCCUGGCCCGCCUCGAGGCGCACCCCGAGCUGCUGCCCGACGUGGGGGGGCUGCCCCUGCUGGGCCCCUGAGCCCCCCGAUUCCUGCCCUUGAGCCCCCCAGGGACACUCCCCACUUCCUGCCCCUGCUGGGCCCCCGAGCCCCCCAGGGACCCCGAUUCCUGCUCCUGAGCCACCUGGGGGAUACUCCUCACCCUGCCCCUGCUGGGCCCCUGAGCCCCCUGGCAGAGCCCCCUACACUGUUGGGUCCCGGAAACCCCUAGUCGACCCCACCGGCCACACUGGGCCCCUGAGCCCCAUUCCUGGGGCUCCCCCAGGGCUCAGCCGCCAGCGACCCCUUGCUGGGAACAGUAGCGCUGCAGGAACCGCGGGGACGCCCCCGGCUCGGGCCCUUUUUAACUGUAACGUCCUGGGGGGCUGAACCCAAUAAACGCCGGCGCCACCGGGACCACGG